AUGAGUAAAGAACUGAACUUAUUGAGGGAGACAAUCUUAAUUAAGCACCCGCACGUGAUUCGUAACCGGCUGAGAAAUGGGGAUGGUAAACCCCUUCCACCUGCAACAGCUUGUUCGCGAUCAGAUGUAAACCUACUAGCUCGCUGUUUGCCAUCGUCUCACCUGUCGCCGUCGUCUCGUCUCUCACCGGUUGCCGUCCGUGCCUCCGUCAAAGGUUUCAAUGUUGAGAUUGUUGAGUACAAGAAUGUUAGCUUCACAGUUUGGGAUGUUGGAGGACAAGACAAGAUUCGACCACUGUGGAGGCAUUAUUUUCAGAACACACAAGGGCUUAUCUUUGUGAAUUAG